UCAUAGUACACGUAUUGCACAGACACUUGGACCUGUGUCCCGUCAUCGGGAAUCCCCAGCAUUAAAUUCUAGCAUGUUCUUUAAUGAUGCCAACUGGUACUAACAACAGCUACCUCAUUGUCUCCGUUGGCACCACAAUUCAAACCACAGGACCUACGAAGAGAGCUACUGUAUUUUACUAGUGUCCUUCUGGUUUCAGAGCUUAAUUAUAGCGGUCACCAAACCGAGCAGGUAUCACACGACGCUACUGCUAGCUGCCGGCGCCAUCUGCAAAUGGAGGACUCCACAUCCGAUCUGCUAGAGGACUGCAAAAACCUGAACACGUCAGAGCUGCCGCCGCUAGUUCUCAUCGACGGAGAAAUGCUCAACUGGGACAUGUCCAAAGCACAGCUCGUGCAGACUUCACAGGAGGAUAUUGAAUCCCCAUCUACUUCUCAUAAAGAAGAGCCUAAGGAACUGAAGCAAUGUAGCCAAACCGAAAAGCAGUCCGAUGUUCAAGUCGUGGUGCCGAACUUUGAGAUGCUAAACAAACCGCCGGACAGCCGAGUGCAGAGACAGGUGAGUAAGGAAGAUGAAGAGCGGACGAGAAUUCGCAGGGAGAAGAACAGAGCCGCAGCCGAAAGAUGUCGUCAGAAAAGCAAGGAUCGGGCGGAAGGUCUCAGGAAGAAAACACUUCACCUGGAAAACUCGAACUCAGGGUUGCGCGCGGAGAUCGGGCGGUUGAAGCUGGAACUGAGGACACUCAGGGCAGAAGUCGCCAGACACAUGACACUGUGCCACAGCGGGGAGAUAAUAGCACAAGAGUGGCAGGAUUUUAUGAGGAAACUUGAGACUAGCAAUGAUCCAUAAAACUCUAUCAACCCUCUCCGCCAUCUUGGAUUUGGAGGUCAUCAAGAGUCGUUACCAGUCCCAUGUUUGAAACCGACCUAUCAGCCUCAGUGUUUGCACCUGCGUUAACUUUCGUUACCGAUUCGUUCAAAUUAGUGUGACUGCUAGGCUGUAGCUUUAAUAUCCAAUAGUUUAUUAGGGGACUCGAAAAAAACAUUGACAGUAUAAACAAACAAACAAACAAAAACAUACAAAACAUAUUGAGAGUUCAAAGUUCAUUCAGAGUUCAAAGGUCAUUACUUGGGUUAUUCCGAGUUUCAUACAUGUAUGUACAUGAUAUAUGAUAUGAUGAGUUAUGAUUAGACGAUGCAUGUCAUUGUAUUGUUUGUUGUCAUGUAUAUAUUAAAUUAAGACCCAAUGUCUCGAGUUGAAUAGAGUUAUUAGCACUGUAACGUUUACAAAAAAAUCCGAAGCGCUGAUGGAGUGUUUAUAGGAAGUAUACCUGGCUGAAUGAUAUUCCCCUGCUAAAGUAAACAGACUUUAGGCUUGUUGUUUUUUCCUGUGAUAAUUGGGAAUCCCUUGAAUAUAUACACAAUUUAGUUGACUAAUUAGGGGGUUCCCGUUUGAUGCAAUGCAGUUGGGGAGUCUAAAACAGGUAGAAGAGUCUACAUGGGGUUUUCUAAACGGAUUAAAUAGAUUUACUAGGUAGAAAGUUUAACUAUGUGUAUAUGUGUGUAUAUGCAAGGCGCUCUUGCACAAUAACAUAUGCACA